UCCAACAAACGCUGUUAUUAACCACCAAGGUAGGUAGAUGAAGCCGCGCAUCGCUUUCUUCGACGGUGUCUGCCGCCGUCGUUCCGACAGGGAGGCGGCGGCUGCUGCUGCGGCUGCGAUUUAAUGUUCCGUGCAACACAACCUUCUCACGAUCCGCGGCGUUGCUGCUUUGCUCCGCUCUGCUUGCUUGUGGCUUCACACUGCUGCUGUUCGACAGAAACAAACAACCACCAACUACCACCAUGAAGCCCUCCUCCCUUGUCUCGUUCCUGUUCGUCCUCGCGGUCCUCUCCCCCCUCUGUUCCGGGGAAACCGAUCGUGUUGCUCCCCCCCGUUCGAGAACGCCCGCAACCAGAAACCAGAGAAGGACCAAGGGAAAGCACCCAAAAAAGGACCCCUGGAUCGACACAAAGCCGUGGAUCCCUUGGCCCGCUCCCCCGCACAACCCCACCGCAGCGCUUGCGGCCCAGAAAUCCAUCUUGCUGGUCGUGGCUUUCCCCCUCGAGGAAAGGGCCUCCUUUCGCAGGCAAAAGGUCGAAACAAGCCUCUCGAGGGCCGUCUCGAGGGUCCCGUACACCACAACGAUCGGGCGGGCCUCGGCCGGGACCUUUCUGGGGGUCUCCGUUUCCGCCUCGGACCCCCUGGACUGUUCCGAAACGCCGGGCUUUGGGGGGGAGGGGGCUCCCGAGCUGCCCUGCGGAUCCACCAAAGUGGUGUGCAGCACCUUGGAGGUCUCCCUGGAGGUCCCCUCCUCUUCCUCAAGGGGCCGCCGCAGGCACAAGCGCAAGGCCAACAAGGCCGUCCGCAAAGGCGCAAGGGCCGUCCGGGCCGCCGUCAAGGACGGGACCCUGGACCGCCUGCUCCUAGGGGCCAGGGGGGGAGGGACUUUUCCGGGCGGCCUUGCAAUCGUCCUCGCACGCAAGAAGCAGGGAGACGGCGACGAACCACCCCGAAGGGCCUGCGAGGACGACGCCUCCUUUCGGUACGGGGGGGAUCCGGCGAGGGGCUGUUGGUGGGUCGGGGAGGCCAAGACGGCCAAGCGGUGCCGAACCGCCGUUGGGGACCACCGGAGGGUCCGGUUCUACUGCCCCUCUUUCUGCAAGGCUUCCUGCAACACCCCGACGGGGGCUCCGACCCUGGCCCGGUCUGCGGCCCCUUCGGCGGGCACUUCUGCGGGCAGCACCGUAGUUCCCUCCGCGGCCCCUUCGGCGGGCAGCACCGUAGUUCCAACGGCGAAUCCCUCGGCGGCCAGCACCGUAGUUCCAACGGCGGUUCCCACCGCGAGCUCCUAUCCGAGUUCGGCACCCAGCCAAUCCUGAACGGAACGAAACCGAGCAGGCGAAACACAAAUCCCGACAACAACGCAACAGCAACGCAACGCAACGCAAAACAACACCAC